UAGAUCCGGAAACUGACAACGUCGAUCUCUUUCACUUCUGUGCACGCAGUCGGCGUGUUGUUGAUUUUCGUGUCGUGUAAAGAUCCCGGAGAAAAUCCUGCAAGAUGGUUAACUUUACCGUUGACGAAAUCCGUGCCAUGAUGGACAAGAAGCGGAAUAUCCGCAACAUGUCCGUCAUUGCCCACGUCGAUCACGGCAAGUCCACCCUCACCGACUCGCUGGUGUCGAAAGCCGGUAUUAUUGCCGGUGCCAAGGCAGGUGAAACUCGUUUCACCGAUACCCGCAAGGAUGAGCAGGAACGCUGUAUUACCAUCAAGUCGACCGCCAUCUCCAUGUACUUCGAAUUGGAUGAGAAGGAUCUGGUGUUCAUCACCAAUCCGGAUCAGCGCGACAAGGACUGCAAGGGUUUCUUGAUCAAUCUGAUCGACUCGCCCGGACACGUCGAUUUCUCGUCGGAAGUGACGGCUGCGCUGCGUGUGACGGACGGUGCGUUGGUGGUGGUGGACUGCGUGUCCGGUGUGUGCGUCCAGACCGAGACGGUGCUGCGUCAGGCUAUUGCCGAGCGUAUCAAGCCGGUACUGUUCAUGAACAAGAUGGACCGUGCGCUGCUGGAGCUGCAGCUCGACCCCGAGGAUCUGUACCAGACCUUCCAGCGUAUCGUGGAGAACGUGAACGUCAUCAUCGCCACGUACAACGAUGACGGUGGUCCGAUGGGUGAGGUGCGCAUUGAUCCGUCCCGUGGUUCGGUCGGCUUCGGUUCGGGACUGCACGGUUGGGCGUUUACGCUCAAGCAGUUCGCCGAGAUGUACUCGGCCAUGUUCAAGAUCGACGUAGUGAAGCUGAUGAACCGUCUGUGGGGUGAGAACUUCUUCAACUCGAAGACGAAGAAGUGGGCCAAGGUCAAGGACGAGGACAACAAGCGCUCGUUCGUGAUGUACAUUCUCGACCCGAUCUACAAGGUGUUCGAUGCUAUCAUGAACUACAAGACCGACGAGAUCCCGAAGCUGCUGGAGAAGCUGAAGGUGACGCUAAAGCACGAGGACAAGGACAAGGACGGUAAGAAUCUGCUGAAGGUAGUGAUGCGCACUUGGUUGCCGGCCGGAGAAGCUCUACUUCAGAUGAUUGCCAUCCAUCUGCCGUCGCCGGUCGUCGCCCAGAAGUACCGUAUGGAGAUGUUGUACGAGGGUCCGCACGAUGAUGAAGCUGCCGUAGCCGUGAAGACCUGUGACCCAGAGGGUCCGCUGAUGAUGUACGUGUCGAAGAUGGUACCGACCUCGGAUAAGGGUCGUUUCUACGCUUUCGGCCGUGUGUUCUCCGGCAAGGUCGCCACUGGCCAGAAGUGCCGCAUCAUGGGCCCGAACUUUACCCCGGGCAAGAAGGAGGAUCUGUACGAGAAGGCCAUUCAGCGUACGAUUCUGAUGAUGGGCCGUUACGUCGAGGCCAUCGAGGAUGUGCCGUGCGGCAACAUUUGCGGUCUGGUCGGUGUCGAUCAGUUCCUGGUGAAGACCGGUACGAUUUCGACGUUCAAGGACGCGCACAACAUGAAGGUGAUGAAGUUCUCUGUGUCGCCGGUCGUGCGUGUUGCCGUCGAGCCGAAAAACCCGGCCGAUCUGCCCAAGCUGGUUGAGGGUCUGAAGCGUUUGGCCAAAUCCGAUCCUAUGGUGCAGUGUAUCAUUGAGGAGUCGGGUGAGCACAUUAUUGCCGGCGCCGGUGAGUUGCAUCUGGAAAUCUGUCUGAAGGAUCUGGAGGAAGAUCACGCUUGCAUUCCGCUGAAGAAGUCCGACCCGGUCGUGUCGUACCGUGAGACGGUUUCGGACGAGUCGGAUCAGAUGUGUCUGUCCAAGUCGCCGAACAAGCACAACCGUCUGUUCAUGAAGGCCGUUCCGAUGCCGGACGGUCUGCCCGAUGACAUCGACAAUGGUGAGGUGAACGCUCGUGAUGAAUUCAAGCAGCGUGCCCGUUACCUGGCCGAGAAGUACGACUACGACGUGACGGAGGCCCGUAAGAUCUGGUGCUUCGGUCCGGACGGUACUGGCCCGAACAUCGUCGUCGACUGCACGAAGGGUGUGCAAUAUCUGAACGAAAUCAAGGAUUCCGUGGUCGCUGGUUUCCAGUGGGCAUCGAAGGAAGGUGUCCUUGCUGAGGAGAACAUGCGAGGCGUGCGUUUCAACAUCUACGAUGUGGCACUACACGCUGACGCCAUCCAUCGUGGAGGUGGUCAGAUCAUUCCGACCGCUCGUCGUGUGCUGUAUGCUUCGUACAUCACGGCUGCGCCCCGCAUCAUGGAGCCGGUCUACCUGUGCGAGAUCCAGUGUCCGGAAACUGCCGUCGGUGGUAUCUACGGUGUGCUGAACAGACGUCGUGGUCACGUGUUCGAGGACUCCCAAGUUGCCGGUACCCCCAUGUUCGUCGUCAAGGCUUACCUGCCCGUCAACGAGUCGUUCGGUUUCACCGCCGAUUUGAGAUCCAACACCGGUGGACAGGCAUUCCCGCAGUGCGUGUUCGAUCACUGGCAGAUCUUCCCGGGUGACCCAACCGAUGCCUCCACCAAACCUUUCCAGAUCGUCCAGGAUAUCCGUAAGCGUAAGGGUCUGAAGGAAGGUCUACCAGAUCUAGCGCAGUACUUGGACAAACUGUAAA